AAGGAGAGAGGAGGGAGGGACCAGGCGCGCCAGUGACAGGGUGGCAGCCGAGGAGCGGACGCGUUGCCGCCGCCGUUCCACCUCCUCCUCCUCCUGCAGCUCCUCUCGCCGCCGCCGCCGCCGCCGCCGGGAGAAGUUUCACUCCCGACUGGCGCUCGGAAGCCCUCGACCCAGAGCCGACUGGGGAGCGCGGCCGGCGGCUGCAACCCGCGGCGGGCUGGGCGUCCGGAGCGCUCCGAACCCGAGCCGGCGGCAGCGCCCGGUCGGCGGGCAGCGGCCGGGGCUGGGGGCGCGGAGGCGCCGGAGGGGCGGGUGGGAGCCGCGGACCCGCGCGCCGCGCCGCAGCCGCUCCGCUAGCGUCGGCGCCGGGCAGCCGCGAUGGCCGUGCGCUCCCGCCGCCCGUGGAUGAGCGUGGCGCUGGGUUUGGUGCUGGGCUUCACCGCCGCGUCCUGGCUCAUCGCCCCCAGAGUGGCCGAGCUGAGCGAGAGGAAGAGACGCGGCUCCAGCCUCUGCUCCUACUACGGCCGCUCGGCCGCUGGCCCCGGCGCGCGGCAGCCGCUCCCCCAACCACAGCCCCGGCCGCGGCCGGACCAGUCACCGCCCCCCGCGCGCCAGGAGCGCCAGGAGCGCCAGGGGCCGCCGCUGCUCGAGCCAGCGGCCGGGGUGACCAGUUUUCGGAGCAGCCCCUGGCAGCCGCCACCUCCGCUGCAGCAGCGGCGGCGAGGACGCGAGCCCGAAGGUGCGACGGGGCUCCCCGGCGCCCCCGUAGCGGAGGGCGAGCCCGAGGAGGAGGACGGGGGCGCGGCUGGGCAGCGGCGAGGCGGCCGGCCGAAGAGUAGCCACAACGGCAGCGGGGACGGGGGUGCCGCCGCUCCGAGCUCCCGACCCCGAGAUUUCCUGUAUGUGGGGGUGAUGACCGCGCAGAAGUACCUGGGCAGCCGCGCGCUGGCGGCGCAGCGGACCUGGGCGCGCUUCAUCCCCGGCCGCGUGGAGUUCUUUUCCAGCCAGCAGCCCCCCAACGCCGGACUCGGCCUGCCCCCGCCACCCCUGCCUGUCAUCGAGCUGCCUGGGGUGGACGACUCCUAUCCUCCCCAGAAAAAGUCCUUCAUGAUGAUCAAGUACAUGCACGACCACUACCUGGACAAGUAUGAGUGGUUCAUGCGCGCCGACGACGACGUCUACAUCAAAGGUGACAAGUUAGAAGAGUUUCUUAGAUCUCUGAAUAGCAGCAAGCCCCUCUACCUGGGCCAGACUGGCCUGGGGAAUAUUGAAGAACUCGGCAAGCUGGGCCUGGAGCCUGGGGAGAACUUCUGUAUGGGAGGACCUGGCAUGAUCUUCAGCCGAGAAGUCCUCAGGAGGAUGGUGCCACACAUUGGUGAGUGCCUCAGAGAAAUGUACACGACUCACGAAGAUGUGGAAGUAGGAAGAUGUGUUCGACGGUUUGGUGGGACUCAGUGUGUCUGGUCUUAUGAGAUGCAGCAACUGUUCCAUGAAAAUUAUGAACACAAUCGAAAGGGUUAUAUUCAAGACCUUCACAAUAGCAAAAUCCACGCAGCCAUAACACUUCAUCCCAACAAAAGGCCUGCCUACCAAUACAGGCUUCAUAAUUACAUGCUGAGCCGCAAAAUUUCCGAACUUCGCUACCGCACCAUCCAGCUCCACCGCGAGAGGGCGCUGAUGAGCAAGCUCAGCGACAGUGAAGUGAGCAAAGAGGAUCAGCAGCUGGGGGCGAUGCCUUCCUUCAACCACUUCCAGCCUCGGGAGAGGGAUGAGGUGAUAGAAUGGGAGUUCCUGACAGGAAAGCUCCUUUACUCAGCAUCGGAGAACCAGCCCCCUCGACAGAGCAUCAGCAGCAUCCUCAGAACAGCACUGGAUGACACCGUCCUGCAGGUGAUGGAGAUGAUCAAUGAGAAUGCCAAGAGUAGGGGUCGCGUCAUUGACUUCAAGGAAAUCCAGUAUGGCUACCGCAGGGUUGAUCCUAUGCAUGGCGUGGAGUACAUUUUGGAUUUACUCCUCUUAUACAAAAGACACAAGGGGAGAAAACUGACCGUGCCAGUGAGACGCCACGCCUAUCUUCAGCAGCUGUUCAGCAAGCCUUUCUUCAGAGAAACUGAAGAGCUAGAUGUCAACAGUCUUGUGGAGAGUAUUAACCGCGACACUCAGUCACUUUCCUUUAUAUCUAACUCUUUAAAGAUACUAUCCUCUUUUCAAGGUGUCAAAGAAAUGGGAGGCCACAAUGAAAAGAAAAUACACAUUCUUGUUCCUCUCGUUGGAAGGUACGACAUUUUCUUGAGGUUCAUGGAGAGCUUUGAAAGGACUUGUCUUAUCCCACAGCAGAACGUAAAGCUGGUCAUCAUCCUUUUCAGUGGGGAUUCUGGCCAAGAUUCCAGCAAGCAUAUUGAGCUGAUAAAAGACUAUCAGAACAAGUACCCGAGAGCAGAAAUGACCCUGAUCCCCAUGAAGGGAGAGUUUUCCAGAGGCCUUGGUCUUGAAAUGGCUUCUUCCCAGUUUGACAAUGAUACUUUGCUGCUAUUCUGUGAUGUUGACUUGAUCUUCAGAGGAGACUUUCUCCAACGAUGUAGAGACAAUACAAUUCAGGGACAACAGGUAUACUACCCCAUCAUCUUUAGCCAGUAUGAUCCAAAGGUAACCAAUGGGGGAAAGCCUCCCAGUGAUGAUGACUUUGUCUUCUCAAAGAAGACUGGAUUUUGGAGAGACUAUGGAUAUGGAAUCACCUGUAUUUAUAAAAGUGAUCUUCUGGGUGCAGGUGGAUUUGAUACCUCAAUACAGGGCUGGGGACUGGAAGAUGUGGAUCUCUACAAUAAAGUUAUUCUCUCUGGCUUAAGGCCCUUCAGAAGUCAAGAAGUAGGAGUGGUGCAUAUUUUCCACCCAGUUCAUUGUGACCCUAACUUGGACCCGAAGCAGUAUAAGAUGUGCUUAGGAUCCAAGGCAAGCACUUUUGCCUCAACCAUGCAACUGGCUGAACUCUGGUUGGAAAAACAUUUGGGUGUCAGGUACAAUCGAACUCUCUCCUGACAGUCCAGGCAACACAUAUUGCCUUUUUUAAAGGGGAGUUUACCUCAUUGUUGGUGGUGUUAUUUUUAUUAUUGUUAUUUUUAUUAUUAUAAUUAUUAUUGUCAUAAUUUUAUUUGUGUUGUCCUGGUCUUAAACAACUCUUGGUUGUCUUCCAAAGGGUGUUUGUUGACCUCAAGCAAGAAGAGUCUGCAAUUCACUGAUUUUUCAGAUUUCUACUGAAGUCAAUAUGUAUUACUUUUAUAUAUCUUUAUCUGGGAUUGAGUUAAAUUGUGGCAAUCAAAUGACUUUUGAAGUUCAUUCAUCAUGAGAGACAGCUUAGAAGAAUGUUCACUUGGGGCUUACAGAUGCAAUAUCAACUUUUAUUUUGUGUGUCAAAUUCAAUGUGAUACAAAUAUUUACUGGUGAAAGGUACCACAAAAGUGCUUUAUGCUUCCUAUGGGGAAGGGACUCUGUAACAUAAACUUGAGUUUUGUAAUUUAUACAAGGACUUAAAUAUAUAUACAAUAAUUUUCUUCAUCUUUAGAAUUUUUAAAGUAAAUGAACACUUAUGAUUGUAUGUUUAUUUUUUAAAAAGAAGUUUUAAAAAUUGAGGAGUUUUGUUCCACAAGCAACCGGUACUGGCUACCCUGGUCUUAAGAAAAUUAUAUACUCCUCACAACUGUCUGCUAUAAAUGCGAAUGAACUUUAUUUUCUCAAGGAAAUAUGAUUUAAUUAAAUAUUCAUGUACAUUUUAGAAGCUUUAUGAAACAAUGUCUUUCAUUUGCUGGCAAGAAGAUAAAAAUGACAGAACCUGGUUAUUUAUAAUAAAACACAGGUAUAACAGUAUUCUUUUUCAAAAACA